AUGCCGCCCUCAACAUGUCUCCGAAGCCUCUCGCAACUGUCACUUGAUGCCGGCGCCCACAGCUGCAUCGCCCCGCGCCUGCUACGCCCACAGACAGCCUGCUUUUCCACAUCGGCCGCCCGCUAUGCUGUGGUACAGAAGAAGAAGGGCAUGACCGCCGCCCCAAAGAAGGGUGUCAAGUCUCUGAACACCAAGAAGGGCAGGGGAUCCGCAGCAGGCGAUUCCGGCAAACGGCCAGCACAAGGAGAGCGCAAAGCCCAGCGCAAGCGCAUUGUUCUGAGCAACGACAACGCACUAGAAGUGUCCUCGCUCCAGGACCUCAGCAAGGAAAAUGUCCUCAACGAGCAGAAUGAGGGCAAGGUCAUGGGACUGCCACAGGAAAACCUAGUCGAUGCGCUGAGAGCCAUCGAGGCGUUCAAGACGACCCAGGGAUGGAGUCUGUUUAGACGGCCGGCAGUGUUGAUGAGGAAAGAGGCCAUCGAACUCGCGAGACUGUUCAAAGAGGCGGAGAGCUCCAAGAAGACAAUACGACGGAUUCUGUCUGGACAAAGAAUGAGUGGGAAGAGCACAUUGGUACUCCAGGGUCUGACGAUGGGUAUUCUGCGGGACUGGUUUGUGAUCAACCUCCCAGAAGCCCAGGACCUUGUCAACGCUCACACAGAGUAUGCACCACUCCCGAACUCAGAACCAAUGCAGUACACCCAAGACGCAUACACUGCGAACCUCCUCCAGCAAAUUCUCCAGUCGAACGGAGCAUUCCUCGCGGCGACGAAACUUAGCACACAACCUGAGCUACCUCUCCCGCUUCCUGCAGGUGCUACACUAAAAGAGCUGGCGGCGCUUGGAAUGGCCAACCCCGAGGCAUCAUGGCCCGUCUUUGUUGCGCUAUGGAACGAGCUGUCUCUACCCGGUCGUCCACCCAUUCUUCUUGCAGUCGACGGUCUAUCACACAUCAUGCGCCACUCUGAGUACAUGUCUGCGGAAGUGAAGCCUAUCCAUGCCCACGACCUGACUCUUGUCCGCCAUUUCGUCGAUCACCUUUCAGGUCAAAGAAAAUUACCCAACGGCGGCAUGGUGCUCGGCGCAACAUCGCGAUCCAACGCACCCGCUUCCCCAGCGAUGGACUACUGCAUCGAAGCAGCCGAGGCCCGCCAAAAGGGUGCAGGCAAGCUCCCACCAUGGAACCCCUACAAGAAUGUAGAUGCACGCGUGAUGGAGGCUCUCAAGGGUCUCCACAACGACUCGAGUGAAUUUGACAUUAUCAACGUCGGCGGGCUAACCAAGGAAGAGGCCCGGUCGAUCAUGGAGUACUAUGCUGAAAGCGGCAUGUUGCGACACCAAGUCAACGAGGGCUUCGUAACGGAGAAGUGGAGCUUGGCGGGUAUGGGGAACAUUGGCGAGCUGGAGAAGGCCAGUGUCCGAAUGCGGUUGUAG